GAACGAAGGCGACGGGAUUACAUAAAUUCUCAAAUAAGUCGUUUGAGUUCGCUUUUGCCGCCCGAGAUGUAUCACGAUGUAUUGAUCUGUUUCGGGGAAGACGAGACCGAUAUCGCGGUCUCGUUAGCAGCCACUCGUCCGGGAUUCCAUCACAGCGCAACCUCAUCAUCAUCUCAACCGCCCUGUUUGGCUGCCAAUAGAGGCUUGUUUGUGUUUAAUGUCAAUCGACGAGACUAUACUGUGCUUAUCGGCAGAAAGUUUGGAGAUAGGACUGGUCAGCUUUCAAUGCCUUAUAUGUCCUUAGCUUCCUGGGAAGCACGUCAGCCUAUGAUGCUAACCUUUUUCACCGCUAAUUGA